UUUCGUCUUUCAAUUACUUUGUGGUGGGGGAUGCCUUGAUUAUACGAAUGCGCCCAGCACUUUGAUCUCGUGAUGGUCGUCAGCGGUGGUGAAAGCGUCGUAGGUUAUGUUUUUCUUUUUUAGUUUUUGCUGUCUUCGCCGUAGAUUCGCAAGGAGGAAUUAAGUAUUAACUUUGCUAUUUUAAUUAAUCCGUCACGUGAACAUACAGAAUUUAUUGUACUAAUGCUUUUAAAUGGCAGUAUGUUAUUUGGACAUAUGCAUUAAGUGGAAGUUCAUGAAUAGUUUUUGUAUUUACGAGCACCAUUGUUUUGUUGUCGUUAAUUUGUGUUUUGUUCAACUGUGCAGUUCGUAACUUAGAUCACUUAGAUCUUGUAACGUAGUAUAGGGCGUAUAGGGUUAUUACAGUCUGUUUAUAACGCUUAUAAACGCCGGUUUAUAACACUAUAUUAUCGAUUACAUGUUCGUUGUGGAGGCAGGUAGGACAUAACUUUGGAGAUCAGUUGGCAUUAAAAUGUCUGUGGAUAAUGCGUCCUUCUCGGUUGAUAUUGGAGGCAUGAGGGCAGAAUACAAGACAAAGUCAGAAACAUUUACAGAGAAAGAUCUGAAAGGAAAGGAACCGUUUGUUCAGUUCAGAGAAUGGUUUGAAGAAGCGUGUAAGCAUCCCUCAAUAAUAGAAGCCAAUUCAGUCUGUUUAGCUACUGCAACAAAAGAUGGAAUUCCUUCAGCUCGACAAGUGCUUCUUAAGGGAUAUGGACCAGAAGGCUUUAAAUUAUUCACAAAUUAUAACAGCAGAAAAGGUCAAGAACUUGCUGAGAAUCCCAAUGCUGCCUUAAGUUUCUAUUGGGAACCACUGAAGAAGGCAGUUCGAGUGGAAGGCCAUGUUGAGAAACUAUCAGCUUCUGAGUCUGAUGAGUACUUCCACUCGAGACCCAUACUGAGCCAGAUUGGUGCCGUUGUGAGUGAACAGAGCAAGCCAAUUGUCAGCCGGGAUGUCUUUAUCGAGAGACGGGCAAUGCUGUUGGAGCAGUAUGGGGAUGGGUCAGAACAGCUUCCUCGGCCCAAACACUGGGGAGGCUAUCUGGUGGUACCUGAAGUUAUAGAGUUCUGGCAAGGUCAGACUGAUCGGUUGCAUGACAGGAUUCGGUUCAGGAGGCCCAAGAGUGGGGAUGAGCCUGAUGGAGUCCUGUUACAUCAGGGGGACAAUGGCUGGGUGUAUGAAAGGCUUUCACCUUGAAUGGUAAACUGGUUGCACAUUACAGAUGUGCAGGUCAAAUUUUAUAUUUUUUACUUAUAUUGAAGUCAGUUUUUUUCUGUACAUUAUAUUAUUAUACUCAGUUUUAUGAAUAUUUAUACAUAUACACUUGGUCCUCGAUAUAUGGAUAGUUGAUAUGUGAACAGCUGUGCAUGUGAAUGCCAUAGAGACUCUUCAUUUUUGUUUUAGUUUGUUUAGUUUUAUCUACUUAUUUGCUUGUGGAUGUCUAGUGUGCUCUUUAAUAUUCAUUUAAAAGGUAAUCUACAUAAAAUAUUGUGACAUGACUGAAAUUCAGAAUAGUUUAACAAGAAAAGUCAUCCAUUGCUUGGCACAGACUGCAAAAAAAAACACCACUUCAGCAGUCUUCUGUCGUUGCAUGUGUAUCCGUUGUUGUGGAUGCAUGUAUUAGUUGCCAUGGAAACAUGUUUACCCAUCAUUGCUGCCUGACUUUUCUUGCUAAAUUAUUCUAGCUUUUGAGAUGUCAUGUCACAGUAUUAUACGUUAAGUAGUCUUUGUUCAUAAGCUGAAGUACUCAGCUACUACUAGUAACCCUAUUUCUUAUGAGGGAAAAAUAUUUUUUGACUGAAGAAUAACACUUAAUUAUGAAUGGUGUUUUUAAACAUAACUCAUUCGUAAGUUGAGGAUCAAGUAUGUAUUGAUACAUUCCUGUGCUCUUGCGUAUCGUAGCAUUAAAGUAAUGAAAUAGGAGACUGGUCCAGUAUUUUUCUGGCAUAUCACUGUAUGUAGUAAUAUUUUCAAUUUGUAAAUUUUGAACUCCAGGGAUGUAUGAAAAAUGUGCCAGGAAGUUUUACAUUAGGAAAUGGCUGUCACCAGAGCUGGAGUAGACAUGGGUAGUUCUAGAUCACCGUUUCUUUUUACACUGCCAUAAGAUGUAACUAUUAUUCUCAUUCCUAAAUCUGCAUUAUGAUAAUUUCCUCUCAUCUAUUGAACAGGGGCCUCUGUCUAGUUCUGAAGAGCCAUUUCCACCCCUGGUUGUGACAGAUAUUUUAGGUAUCAUUGGUAUCUUAAAGUAGACAGACAAGAAAUUUAGUUCACUACAGUGCAAAAAAUAGGAUACUGUAUAUUCUAGCCAUUAUAAAUUAUGUUUCUGACAAAGAGAUGAAAAUCAUGAGAUUAAUUUUACUUAAGUGCCAAAAGGGGACAUAAAAUAGUUUACUUUUGAUAAUUCUGGCCCUUAAGUUUUCACAGCUUAGGUUUAAUGUAUGUUUCUUCUGGGAAUAGGCCACAUAGAAUGCUGAAGGUUUUCCAACAUUCCGGCAAACAUUCCAGUUGCUGCAUUUAGAGUUAAUGUCCUGGGAGGAGGGGGUCUUGAAGCCCAUAUAUGGGUCUGGCAGUGGGUGGGAAGUGGGAAGAUAGGCUUUGGUAGCACCCCUCUCUUCAGUCCACCCAGCCACAGCUCCACCUCAGAUUCUGUACACUGUACACUGCCACAUGUAUAUAAGGGUUUCCAGACUCCAAAGACACAUCAACUUUUCCAAUGCUUUGUAGAAUUCUCAAAGUCUUUCAGCAUUUUAUGUGGCAAAUUUGCAAGAGCUGAAGUUCUACUUUUGUUGUUUUAACCAAUGAUUACGUAUUACAGUAAACCCUCAUUAUAACCGACCCAGAUAUAGCAGAUUUGGGAUAUAAUGGACAAACUCUGGCUGUGCACACUUGUUAAUUUUUAGAGAUAAUGGGGCAUGAAGAAGGUUCUGUAGUAAGAAAACUAUUUAAAAUAAAAAAGAACCCCAAUAUGUAAUCACAUUCUGUGUUUUUGUGUUCAUUGCUCAUGUUGUUUUUUUAUACCACGGUGUACUUCCAUGAGUACCCCUUCACUCAGCUAUAGUACACACUGGCAAUAAUGGACCCCCACCCAAUUAGUCCAUUAUGAAGGAGGGUUUACUAAAUUGGAUUCUUUAACAAUGCUGCUUUAACUGUGGAAGUUCCAUACCCUCUCUUGUAUUUACAUAAAAUUUAUAAUGAUACUCUCAAUGCUUAGAUUGUAUAGCGUUGAACGAUAUAAUGUUACUGAAUGAUGAAUUUGGAAUUGAUGAAGGAAGCAGCCACGCCUUAAUUUGAGGCACUGUUCCAGCACUUACAUUUAGGGCCUGAGGAAAACUGAAAAAUUGAGUCAGUAUAUCUGUUCUCCAGGCUGAGGUUUCUGUCAAGGACCUCCUGAAUAUGAAGCAGAAUUACCACUCACCUAGCCGCCAGGUUUGGUGAGAUGGGUAUUUGAUCAUGAAUGGUGAGUAGGUAAGGAUAGGCACGGAGCCAAUAAUUUCCUGUUUCAAGUUUCUUUAUAGUUGCUGGCUUGGAGAGCUCUAAGUCUUAUAUGUUGAAAUAGCUGGGUAAAUCUGACAGGAGUUGUCCAGUGAUUGAGAUUAGCUCUUUCUAAGGGGCCCAA